AUGGACGGAGCCGUGAGGCCGAGGUUGGCCUCCUCCUCCGCUGACCUAAAGUUCGGAGCGGUGGCCACCGAGACCAUAGAAAACGCCCUGCUUCACUUGGCCCAACAGAAUGAGCGAGCGGUGCAGGAGGCUGCAGGACGGACGGGCAGCUUCAGGGAGACCCGGAUCGUGGAGUUUGUUUUUCUCCUGUCAGAACAAUGGUGUCUGGAGAAAUCUGUGAGCUACCAGGCUGUAGAAAUCCUAGAAAGGUUUAUGGUUAAGCAGGCAGAGAAUAUCUGCAGGCCAGCUCCGGUGCAGCCAAGAGUUGACACCAAGACAGAGUCGCAGGAUUGGAGGACUCUGAAAGAGCAGCUUUUCAACAAGUUUCUCCUCCGUUUGGUGUCAUGUGUUCAGCUGGCUAGCAAACUUUCCUUCCACUACAGAAUCGUCAGCAACAUUGCAGUGUUGGACUUCCUCCAGGCUCUAGGGCACCUGCACACUAAAGAAGAGCUGCUGGAGUCAGAACUUGAUGUUUUGAAGUCCCUGAACUUCCAGAUAAAUCUGCCCACUCCUCUGGCAUAUGUGGAGAUGCUCCUUGAAGUUCUAGGAUACAAUGGCUGUUUGGUCCCAGCCAUACAACUCCAUGCAACUUGCCUGACCCUCCUUGACCUGGUCUAUCUUCUGCAUGAGCCCAUCUAUGAGAGCCUACUGAGGGCUUCAAUUGAGAACUCCACACCAAGUCAGCUACAAGGGGAAAAGUUUAUCUCUGUAAAGGAAGACUUCAUGCUGUUGGCAGUUGGAAUCAUUGCAGCAAGUGCUUUCAUCCAAAACCAUGAAUGCUGGAGGCAGGUUGUGGGGCAUUUGCAGAGCAUCACUGGCAUUGCCUUGGAAAGCAUUGCUGAGUUCUCUUAUGCAAUCCUGACUCACAGCGUGGGAGCCAACACGCCUGGGCAACAGCAGCCUGUUCCUCCCCACAAGGCAGCCAGAGCUCUGAGGACUGCUGUUCCCUCCAACACAUGA